AAUAUACUGAAGAUGAGUGGCCGAACUCGAGACCCAAAUGACGACAUUGAAGAACUAAAACAGAAAGUAAGGAGUCUUGASAUAAAGAUAGCAGAGUUGGAACAACAGCUACAGAAAGCUGAUGAGAAAACCAAAGAGCUUGAAGAUGAGAAAAAAGCUCUCGAAAAGGAAGUGGACGAACACAAGAAGAAGAUAAAAUGGUUGGAAGAUGAGGUUCGAUAUUUUUCAACCAAAUCCGCCAUCCCCGACCUUGAAAGAAAACUAAAGGAAAAAGACGCUCGAAUCGUUUUCGUUGAACACCAACUAAACGCUAUUUUAAAUCGAUUGGAAGAAAACGAAAAACUUUCUCAAAAUCAAGCAAAAGAUUUGAAAAAAUACAUGGCUGAAACAGAUGAGUUGAAAAAAUCUCGAAAUAGGAUGGAAGAAGAUAUAAAAUAUUUUACUAAAAAGUCUAGAGAGAAGGAGGAUGAAAAUGAUACGAUUAAAAAAGAUUUGAACAAAUACAUGGCUAAAACUGAUAAGUUGGAAAAAUCUCGAAAGCUGCUAUACAUUGGUCAGCUGUGUGCGAAAGCAAUGGAAGCAAUGUAUCGGGAAGUCUUGCCAGUUUACUUUAAAAAAGGAAACGAUUACAAGCAGCCACAUCUCAGAGAUAUUGAUGCAAAAAUUAAAGAGCUGUAUAAAACUAGUAAAGCUAAAAGAAAAGCUCGAAUAAGAUGGAGAAAUUUGCAAACCGAGAAGAUUGAUCCAGAUGAAGAUAAUGUUAAGAAGUUAGUUGACUUCAUGGAAGAAAUGUUGGCAGAGAGGAACGAAGUGGCUCAUCCUUUUCCAUUGAACGAAAAAGAAUUAAAGGAUAUUGCAAGUAAUCUACCAGUUCAGAAGCAGCAACUUGUCGAAAAAGUGAUCCAAAUUUCAAAGGAAAUGAUACCUUCAAUUUUUCUUGCAUUUUAGAAACACGAAACGAACGGUUUCAGCUCUUAUAUUGAAAACUGCAGUCACGACUUUCUUAAUGCUUACAUAACGCCUAAUUGCAAAAACGUUGUCAUAUAAAUGA